CAGCCGCGCGUCACUUCCGGUUGCGGCCGGGGCCCGGCAGGGGAGUGCGGUGCGGUCCGGUGCCGUCCCGUCCCCUCCGGCGCGGCGCGGCCCUGCCCGAGGGGCGGCAUGGAGAAGCUGCGGCGGGUGCUGACCGGGCAGGACGACGAAGAGCAGGGACUGACUGCGCAGGUCCUCGAUGCCUCUACACUCAGCUUUGGUACUCGAAUCAGGUGGUUUGCCAUAUGUUUCGUUGCUGGUGUUGUAUGUUCUAUUCUUGGAGCAUCGCUAUGGUUCCUGAAGGGGAUCAAACUUUGUGCAGUGUUUUACACCCUGGGAAAUAUUGCUGCAUUAGCCAGUACAUGUUUCCUGAUGGGGCCAGUGAAGCAACUGAAAGCCAUGUUUGAGCCAAAAAGAUUAAUAGCUACAAUUUUGGUGUUGCUUUUCCUAGUAUUGACUCUGUGUGCUGUAUUCUGGUGGAACAAAAAAGGUUUGGCACUGCUAUUCUGCAUAUUGCAGAUGUUGGCAAUGACCUGGUAUAGUCUGUCAUAUAUUCCUUUUGCAAGGGAUGCUGUGAUUAAAUGCUUCACAUCCUGUCUAGGGUAAAUUACAAACAGGAUCCGCUGUAUGCUUUAAAAGCCAAGUCUUAUUCCUCUGUGAAUCUUGCCCUGAAAACUGUACUUUUUCCACUCAUGCAAUACCCAGUAACAAUUUAGUAUGUUCCUUGCCUUUUGCAUUUGGGGAAUUAAUUAAAAUUUUUACUAGAAACUUUUUUAAAAAUAAACUGGUUAAACUGUUUGUGUUUAUCCUGGAACUUUUAGGCUUUUUUUUAACAAAAAAGUACAUUUAAAUACUUUGUGCGGAGUAGUCUUAAAACUACCUUGCAUCCAGUAACACUUUAUUCCCCAGUGUAGGCAAGCCACUAAGAUCUGGGUAGUAUGCAUAAAGAUUUCACUUACAGUUCUAAAAUUUGCAAUGUGCCGUUUACAUUUGUAUGUUAUUUGUUGUACGCUUUUCCAAAGACAGAGUUUUAUAAACGUUGUAAAGAUUUGGUAAGUUAUAACUAACUGCUCCUUUAAAAUGUCUAUCCAUGUGCCUUAUGGAAAAAUCCUGAGAGUGAGUAUGUGAAAGGUCUGUUUAAAGCUUGUUGGAUUUUAUUAAAAACCUAUAUUUAAAACUUUUUUUUACUUUCAUACUUAAAUACUUUUUACUAGAAGAACUUACGGCUAAUGUAUAAAUGAGAUUUGUGAAAUAGAUAAGUUUUAAAGGUGCCUAAACUAUUUUUUCUUUACAAAUUGGCUAUAGAGGGCUAAAAAAUUCAGCAUUACACUUGAAUAAAUAUGAAAAUAUAAAAAGUGGGAUAUAUAUAUAUGACUGUAUCCUAAUUUGGCAAUUAGGUUUGCAGAAGUGAUUUUAAAGCUUCUUUGUGUAGUAUUUAGACAAACUGUUUAUUCUGACUUAAACUGAUAACAGAUUGAAGUGAAAUACUCUUAAUACUUUGCCUAGCUUCAAUAAGAUGUCUCAUUUCUGGUUUUUUGCAACUAAGAGCUAUUCAGUUAUUCAGGAUCAAAGUGAAAUCCUUGGUAUUUGGUGGCUGAUAUAUUACAGAAGGUUCUUUUUAGCACAGGAUGGAUGUGCUUGAUUAUGUGCUUUCUAAACCCCAGUUGUUUUGGGUUUUAUUUUUUCUUUCUGAUAAGAUUUUAAAAGAUGCGAGCUGCAGUUUCAGGAAGGGGAAAAAGCCCCCUGCCUGUAAGUAUUCAGGGUUGAGGCUAAAGAGACAAAUUGCAGUACAUUCCUGUAUAUCUCAGUGUAUGUUGCACAAAAUAGCAACAUGUUUUGGGGAAGCUGUGUGAAGGAUGAUUGCGUGAUUUUGCAGCUAAACUGCUGAUCAAGCCACACCUUUUAACUGACUAGUAACAGUAAAUGUUACAAGUGCCAGUGAGGCAUCCUUCCUGCUGGUGAUAGGGGACCAGGUAGGCCUGAUUGCUGCAGCAGGGUCUUGGGCUUGUUAGUGCUGCGUGGUGUAAUGACAGCCUUUCCAGCUCUGCCUGUCACAGCCCAUGGAUGCUGAUGGACCCUUGAGUGAAUUUUUAGUUCCUUUCAGUUUUCAUUAAAGAUGAACUAGUAUGUGUGUAGGUAGUGAUGGAUGUCAUCCUGGAAAUUACUAUGCUGCUGCUGACCACAGCUGGCACUGGAGAGAUCCCAUUCCGCUGGUCGGUGCUUCAGGACUGGGUGGUUGUUUGCUCUGGAGCUGGUUUUGCACAUCAACCACCAGUUCUGGUACACAAUCACCUUCACUGUGAUCUUUAAUUAGAAUGGUAGUAGUUAUUUAGGUUGGUUUGUUUUUUGUUGUUUUGUGGGUUUUUGUAAUUUAUGUGCUAUGGUAAAUAACAAAGCUAACACUCAUCAGUUAACACUCAAGAUCACCAGAACAGAAUGGGUUCAAGAACUGAGGUCCAGAAGUUCCAUGUACUGGUAUGUUUUUGUAUGCACUUUGGUCUGUUUAUAUCAUGUGCAGUCUUCUUUUUCUGUCCUGAACAUGUAAGGAUAAACUUUCUUUAUUUGCAUACA